AUGUCUAUGUACGGCAGAUACUACCGGCCUGCACUCAAGAACAGCGUCGAUGUCCAGCUCCAGACCGCCUUUAACGAGGGUCUCUGGCCGAAUGUCACCCGCCUCGCUGCGCAGCGCUUCAAGGCGAAGAAGGACCCUUACUAUGAAGCAAUCAGGAUCUGCGCUGAGUCUCAGUUGGACACGGUGACGGAGAAAUCCGCUGUCGUCUUCGCCGUCGAUGCCAUGGUCAGGGACAAGACUGCCGUGCCGGACUUUGACUCUAUCGAGCUGUACGAGUGGGCGCUGAGAGAUGCCGCGCCACCGCUCGAUUUCUCUCAGUCCAUCGGUGUCCUGCGGGCGAGGUGGGCCAAGGCGAACCCGACCAGCCCCAACGUGGUUGAGUGUCUCAAGGCAUGUGUGCUUGCAUGGGACCUCGUGAACGCCCAGCAGAUUGCCGCCACGUUAGACAAGGGCCAACCGGGAAAGAACAAUGGCAAGAACACAUUCUGGAGCAUCACGCUGACCCAUCUCCUCUCUAUAAGCCCACAAUGCCCAGAAAACAUGAAGGUCAUGUUCGGCAAGCUGUCGCGUAUGCAGCUUGAGAAGGCGGCCACCAUUGCUGCUGACGCCAAGGCCACAGGCCGCGGUCUCCGGGAGGAGGAGGAGAUCAACCUCUACUAUCACGUGGCCGGCAAGGAGGCGUACAUCAAGUCGCUUUCGGCCGAGGGCAAUCCAAUCGGGGUUCUCGAGCAGUUCAAGCAGGGGCGGAAACACUUGCUUCAGCAGAGCCUGGAGACCCUGGUGGAGGCUGGAGAUUGGGAGACAGUCUACAGCACGUGCUGCCAGGCCUUGCGCAAGGAAGAUGGCAACGGGAAGCCGUCGUUCCUUGCUUUCGACAUGCGGAUAUGGAAAUUGUUCGUCAAGUCUGCGAGCAUGCAGGGAGACGUCGAAGCCGCCUUCACCGAAGUCCAAGAAGUGCUCCAAAAGUUUGUCUCCGUUCAAGGGACCGUGGCACCAAUGUACAAGAAGAACAUAGGCCUGGCGCUCCUUGAACUGGCCUUCAGCUCACCGACCAGCCUUUUACCCCCGAGCCUCGGCCCGGGCAAGCCAUCUUACCGGGUCAUCCAGUUAUACCUGUUCCUUGAGCAGAACGUGCUGCAGCGAGCCACCUUCGACGAUGUCAAGGAAUAUGUGGCUCAGUUGACGUUUGAUGAAGCAAAAUACUUCAUUGAUAAUCUUAGUGACACCGUAGCCGGAAAGAACCCAGAUGCGCAAAGGCAGCUGGUCGUGCGCGUCCUUGAGAUAAAGUUCAGGUACUUCCUGACGACAUGCCCCCUCACACAGGAGUACAUCUCAGUCGUAGCCGAGGCCGGGGACUCGCAGCUGAAGUGCAGGUUCUGCUCCACCACCUCCACCAAGAGCUGCACGUCGUGCCUGGAGAGCGUGGCUUCCACAGCGCUUUCCACCUACCAAGGCCUCGACAAGACGCCCGACAUCCUCAAAGGGCUCGACAAGGACCCGCACGUCGACCUCGCCCUAGUCGCCUCAUCAGCCCUCCUCAAACUAAGCGGCCUGCGCCAGACCCCGUCGCCGUCGAAGCUGGCGCCCCUGAGCAGCGUCGACGUGUCAAGGCUCCUCCAAGCCGCGCUCGUCCUUGCAACACAGCUCUCCAAGACCCCCAACGAGAUGCCGCUGCGCCUGGUCCUGGUGCAAGUGUACCUGCUCAUGGGCUGCGCCUCGCUGGCGCACACGACCUGGGUGCCCAUGGACGUGAAGCGCACGAUCCAGGACGCGCUCAGCCCCCUGUUCUUCGACCGCCUGUCCAGCGUGUCGCCGGGGCUGUUCUCGGGGCGGCAGGCCCUCACCGAGCCGCUCACUUCGUAUUACACUGGCUGCCUGCGGGAGAAGUCGCCUGUCAAGAUCUGGGAUGCUUUCACGGCUGGAAGUUAUACUUCGAUUCUGGACAUGGCGGCGUACUCGGAUCGGCUGAGGCGGAGCUGUACGCUGGUCAUGGCUGUUGUGGAGGAGAGAAGGGCGACCAGGGCGUUCGGUGGCAAGUUGGAAGGGGGUAUUGAGCAAUCCCCUCUGCUCGCACACAUCACGGACGACACAACGUUCGUCAACGCCAUCGACUACGGCUCCUUCCCCAACCUGGAGAGCUCGCACACAGCGCCGCUCUACGACAUCGUCAGGCUCGGCCCAGCACUCUCAGACGAACGGUGCCGCCUCGCCCUCCUGGCAGAGCAAUUCCUCGACGUAGUCACCUACAAGCCCCCAAAAGACUACAAGCCAACCAAAGCAGCCGAAGCAGCCGCGCGCGACAAGGCCUACCAGAUCGAGACAUACGCGCGCCUCUCGGAAGCCCUAUCCACCCUCCUGCACCGCCCAGGGACGCCCUCCAAGCUCACCCCCGCAGAGCAAAAGUACUACACGGCCAUCAGCCUCCUCGCGGCCCUCCUGCGCCUCGCCCUCGACACCCCCAAGGCGGCCAGCCCGGUGCCGCAGGGGUUCCCGACGGCGGCGGCGGGCGCGCGCGCCGCGCUCGAGGCCCUCCGCGCCGACUUCGCCUCCGCCCCGCCGCGCCUGGCCGCCCUGCCCGAGGGCGACGUGCUGCACCACCUGGCGGCGCCGCACGCGCUCUCGCUGCUGCGCGACGCGGCGCUGGCGGCGCGGUGGGCCGCCGCGUCGCUGGUGGGCUUCCAGGCGGAGCAGGCGGCGCGGGACCGGUCGGGCAGGAGCGGGCUGCACAAGGAGGUGCUGGCCGAGGCGAAGGGGCUGGAGGAUGUUGCUGGGGGGUUGCUGGGGACGGUCAGGGCGCGGGUGAAGGAGCUGAGGGAGGUUCUUGGGCUGGGUGGGUGGCUUGAUCGGAUGGAGGGGUGGGCGUUCGGGGAGGAUGAGUUGUCUGGUCUUGUUCGGGACGUUGUUGGUGAGGCGGAUGUUGAGGAGUGGGGUGGGAGGGUUGUUGAGAGCUGGAGGGAGGGGGUCAAGGGGCUGGGGAUGGUCAAGAUGGAGUGA